ACCCUCUGCACCCGACGAGCUCCCCCCGUUACCGCCACCCAUUUUCCGGCCGGAAAUCCGGCAAAGCUUGGGGAUUUUCUCCUUCUUCUCUUGUUCUUGAACCCAGAAAUUUUCCCCUUGCUGGAAAUCCCGGAUCUGCUCUGCUUCUUCCUCCCUUGUCCGUCGGGUUCUGCUGGGUUUGAAUCCUUCGGCCUUUUCUGCCGUGAGUUUCCCCUGAAUUUUCUGUACAUGCCGCCGGCCUCCACCCCAAACCCGCCAGCUCCAGCCUUGCUUGCUGAAAAUUUCUGGUUUUGAUCGUUCUGUCACCGUAGCGCUUGGGUUAGCCUUCUGUUCUGUGCGAGUGAGGUAAGUAAAUUAUGGUAAAGCCCUUCGAUUUUAAAGCAUGUUUUCAAUUGUUUUUGAGAUGGUGGCAAGGUUUAAAUUGAUUUUAAAUCAGUUUUAUCAGUAUUUGGGUGUGAUUAAACUGAAAUGGAAAUUGUGAUGAUUUUAUGGGAAUUUCAUUGUUUUUCGGGAAUUGAGCGUGAUUAGCAUGAAAACGGGAAUUUCAUUGUUUUUUCUAGAAUUGAGCAUGAUUGGAAUGAAAUUGUUUUCAUUACAUUGAGUAGAGCAUGCCUAUUUGAAAUUGACUAAAUUGUUUUGAUGAACUGAGAGCUUUGUAAAUUAUGAUUUUCUGUUAAAUCCAUGCCCACAUGGAAUUUUCUGGUUAUUUCUGAAAUUAUGGAUGUCGAUUGUGAAUUUGGGAUUUCGAUUGUGAAUUACGGAUUUCGAUUGUGAAUUACGGAUUUUUGGAAAUCCUGCAUGGUUUUGUCUCGGAUAUAGUCAUGAUUACUGACGCCCCGCUAGUGGGAGAUGUAAACGCUAGCACAUGUCGACAUGUAUUUCUGUAGAACCGGUUCACCUUGCCAAUGGGGUUAAACACUGGCACUACCUGACGCCUGCCAGUGGGAGUGUAUUAAACACUGGCACUACCUGACGCCUGCCAGUGGGAGUGUGUUAAACACUGGCACCAUUCCUGACGCCUGCCAGUGGGAGUUUGUUAAACACUGGCCAUGACUUAUAGAUGAGACUACUGAACUGAUGAGUUUUAUUCUGCAUGAGCGGUUUGUUAUGAAACGUUUUGCUAUUGUACUGAAUUUGAUUCCGUAUUAAUGGUUUAUUUGGCAUGCUUAAAAGUUUUACCCAAGGGCUAUCCAUAUUUACUUACUGAGUUAUCUCAUAGUUUUCCUUGUCCACCAUUUCAGGAAACGAAACUGAGGACGGGGAAACCGAGGGGAGUGACGAGUUAGAAGGCUAGCCAUUCAAUUGGGGUAUAAGUUUUAGAUUUUAUCAUCCUUUUGUAAGGUUGAUUUUAUUCAUGAGAUUUUGUGAUUUGGAUAAGUUCCGAGCCUUGUGCACUUGUGGGACCCGUCUUACGAGUGCACGGCGUCUGUCACGUCCUCGGAUUUGGGUUCUGGGGCGUGACAAUAACCUCCCCCACUAGCAGGGUCACUAAUAACAUAUCGACAUGUGCCGACAUGUGCUAGCGCUUAUAAACUCCCCCACUAGCA